AACGAUAAUGCGGCAACUUGGUUUGCUUUACAUGAAUUCCAUCUUUACGUCCAUCUGCUCGCCUUUCACGAAUCUUUGUAUCAACGUCUGCCCCUUACUUCAUUGCCUCUCCCAAGUUGAACGUUGAACCCUUGCUUUUCACACUGCUUUUGCUUUUCGGCUGCCCAUACCAGCAUUUGUCAGCCCCAGAAAUGGCUCCGGAUCGGGGUGAACAGCAACAGCAGCGAUCCGAACAUACUCGCGCAGACUAUCGCCACAGAGCUCAAGGUUCUGGGACAGACACAGAUGAGAGGCAGGGCCGCGAGCCGCCAACCUUGGAGGUGGAAGGCCGCAGCUUCACCAUCCGUGGUGUGCUUGCUGGCCUCGCUGUCGGUCUGAUUAUUUGCUUUAGUAAUAUGUAUUUUGGCUUGCAGACCGGCUGGGUGAGCAUGAUGACCAUGCCAUCGUCUCUGAUGGGCUUCGGCCUCUUCAAGACGCUCUCUCGACACCUCAAGUUUCCCUUCUCGCCCGUCGAGAACGUCCUCGUCCAGACUGUCGCUGGCUCCAUGGCCAUCAUGCCCCUCGGCUGUGGCUUUGUGGGCGUCCUGCCCGCCAUGAACUACCUCCUCAGAUCCGAGGAGCAAGGGCCCAUCAACCUCAGCGUGUGGCAGCUGAUCGUCUGGUCGCUGGGCCUGUGCUAUUUUGGUGUCGUCUUCGCGGUACCCCUGAGACGGCAGGUCAUCAUUCGUGAGAAGCUCAAGUUCCCCAGCGGGUUCAGUACCGCCGUGCUGAUCAGCGUCUUGCAUGGAAAGACGGGACUGGUCAAGGACGACUCUGCGCCUCAUUCAGGUCGGGACGGACAUGUUGCGCCCGAGAGUGUCGGCGGUGCUGCUGCUGCGGUUCCCACGACGAGAACGGCGACGCUGGAAGAAGGUUCAUCAGAUCACCAGAAGCAGGAGUGGAAGAAGAACGUUCGGAUGUUGUUGGUCUGCUUUUUUGUUUCUGGAAUCUAUACCUUUGCAACAUAUUUCUUCCCUGUUCUGAGGGAGCUUCCUAUCUUUGGGUAUACUGCCGCCUCUGCUUGGCUCUGGACUCUGAAUCCAAGUCUAGCAUAUGUCGGUCAGGGUAUUAUCAUGGGCCCUGCGACAACCAUACAUAUGUUGCUGGGUGCGAUUCUGGGAUGGGGCAUUCUCUCACCCCUUGCCAAGUACAAAGGCUGGGCACCAGGCGACAUUGGCGAUUGGGAACAUGGCAGCAAGGGCUGGAUUGUCUGGACAUCGCUGGCCAUCAUGCUGGCCGAUGCAGUCGUCAGCUUGGGCUACCUCGCCUUCCGACCCGGCUACACUUCCCUCCGGCGCCGUGACGAAGACGACGACGACAGCUCCGUACCGCCCAGCCCCGUGUUUGAGGAUGCCAGCUACCCACGCGACUCGGACAUCUCGCGCCUCCUCACAGUUUCAGACCAAGACGACGCGCCCGCCCACGACCUCAUAUCAACCCGUACCGUGAUCAUCGGGCUCAUCCUCUCGAUAGCCUUCUGUAUACUCUGCAUCCACAUCGUCUUUGGCGACCUCGUGCCCCUCUAUGCGACCAUCUCUGCCGUGCUCAUGGCCCUGGUCCUGAGCAUCAUGGGUGUCCGCGCCCUCGGUGAGACGGACCUCAACCCUGUCUCGGGCAUCUCCAAGCUCGCGCAGCUGUUCUUCGCGCUCAUCGUGCCGCAGUCGCAUCCAACCUCCGUGCUGAUCAACCUAGUCGCAGGCGCCGUGUCCGAGGCUGGCGCUCUGCAGGCGGGCGACCUGAUGCAGGACCUCAAGACGGGGCAUCUGCUGGGGGCGGCGCCCAAAGCCCAAUUCUGGGGCCAGGUUGUCGGCGCCACCGCCGGCGCUGUGGUGUCUGCGCUCAUCUACAAGCUCUAUACAGCCGUGUACACCAUCCCUGGCAACCUGUUCCAGGUCCCCACAGCGUACGUGUGGAUCUUCACCGCGCGUCUGGUCACGGGCCAGGGACUCCCCUACAUGGCUCGGGAGUGGGCCCUCGCCCUUGCUGUGCUCUUCACGGUGACCACGAUGGUGCGGAUCUACGGGACGGGAAAAUCGUGGCAGGUCUACGUCCCGGGCGGCAUAGCAGUCGCUGUCGGAAUGUAUAAUGUGCCUAGUUUCACCCUGGCCAGGACGGUAGGCGGGCUCGUGGCCUGGUGGUGGAGGAGGGUUCGCGGGAGGGAGGACACACCGCUGAUUGUGUUGGCUUCGGGCUUUAUUCUUGGUGAGGGGUUCCUGAGUAUUGUCAACCUGCUCAUGCAGAGCGCUGGCGUGCCUCAUUUGUAGCAGGAGCAGUAGUAGUACAGAAAGAAGUGGAAAAAGGGACUAGCAUUUCGAGCAUCAGCUACCCACUGGAUAUCUAACUUUUCCCUUCUGGUAGGCAUGCAUUUGUUCUUUUUUGCUUUCUCUCC